UCGGGCGGCUGUCUACCCGCCGCUUUUGUGCGGACGCAUCCUUGGAGUGGGUCCCCCGGGGCACCAGCCCCUUCUCUUCAGCGCUGCUGUGAGGCUCGGGCCGGUGGCUGGGCUGCGGCCUCUGUCUCCUGGCGCUCAGAGUGCGCCUCCCCCCCAUCUCCGUGCCCGGGGUUGGCCUUGGCUAGUGGGGCAGAGACGGGCUCUGCUGACAGCUGCGGUCACCCACCCGUGCUGCCCAGGGCGGAGACAAGUGGGGGGGUUCCGGGGGCGCUGCUCAUUCCGGCUGCCCGCUCGCCCUUAGGAGGCUAUGAUCUGUCUGCACCAAGGACCGUCCAGCUCCCUUCCCGGUGACUGCUGUAGUAGCCAAGGAGCUUGAAGGAUCUGUUGGCCUAUUAUGGAGUUUCCGGACUUGGGCAAGCAUUGUUCAGAAAAAACUUGCAAACAGCUGGAUUUCCUUCCUUUAAAAUGUGAUGCAUGUAAGGAAGUUUUCUGUAAAGAUCACAUCACGUAUGACCAACACAAAUGUACCUCUUCAUAUAAGAAGGAUGUGCAGGUUCCAGUAUGUCCUUUAUGUAACACUCCCAUCCCAGUGAGAAGAGGAGAGAUGCCAGACAUUGUAGUUGGAGCACACAUGGACAGGGACUGCAAAUAUGAUCCUACUCAGCAGAAACAGAGGAUUUUCACAAACAAGUGCUUAAAAGAAGGCUGCAAAAGGAAAGAGAUGAUGAAGCUUGUUUGUAACCAAUGCUGUGGAAACUUCUGUAUAAAACAUCGGCAUCCUCUGGAUCAUGACUGCAAAGGAGCAGGUCGCUCCAUCUCCAAAGCUGGAUCUGCAGCUAUAAUGAGAGCAUCUGAAUCCAACUUCAGGCCAGCUGGAUCAAACAAGAGGCCUUCUAACUGGUAUCUUCAGCGCAACAGGUAUAAACUGAAGUGUGGUUAUGAGAUUAGCAAAACAAGAUGACAUAAAUCAGAGCUUUGUGUCUACAGGAUGUAGAACUGCCAUUGGUACACCUUCCUUAACUUUUAUUAUAGUCGACAUGUGAGCAAUGCCAGGUGUGUAAAGGAGGGGCAUAUAACAGUCCAAGACAUGGCUAAUUAACCAAACAAUCUCUGCAUAGUGGAUAAAUGUACAGUCUUCAAAUUGCUACUUAUUACAAUGACUUAGUAGCUGACUCCGUCCAGCACUUGACCUGGUCAAGAUAUAAGAACUCAUUAUUGGGUCACUAGUAUCAUUAGUUCAGCCAUCAGACUAUUUCGACACUUAACUAGCUAUUCAAACUUUCCUCGUUAGGGUUGAUUGCUGCAGGAUUUGAGCCUAAAUCUGUAACUUAUUCUGCU